ACAAAAUAAAAAUACCGAACUAUAUGAAUAUAUAAACAUAGCUAAAUUGAUAAAUAUACAUAUAUACAUAAAAAGAUAUAUAAAUACACAGUAAUAUUACUCUUAAAUUAAUCAUAUAUUAUCAGCGAAACAAAAGAUUAAUCAUUAUAUAUCUUAAAUAUUAAACCACAUUGAACAUUUCCUACAUUACUCGUAUCACAUAAGUACAAUAAAUAUAAACAGUAAAAUAUAAUAUAGAAGACAAAUAAAAUAAGUGAAAAGAGGGCUGAAGAAAGCAGAAGGCCAAAUUAUAGUUUCGGCGCGUGUUGUUUCGAUGGCAGCACUUGCGUUACGCGUGCGUCGAUUUGUGAUGUAUAAUUUGAAACUUCGUUCUUUCGUUUCAAAAGAUAUUUAAAGUUUCAAACAGAUGAAUCGAAAUGUAAUAUUAUCGUUUAAAUUAUUUAAUGACUCGAGAUUUACAAAUGUUUAUUAAAAGAGCUGGUGAAGAAUGAAUUAUUUGAACAGUAUAGGAGGCAGCGGAACGAGUGCUGAUUCUGGCCUCCAAUUGAACAAUGUCGAAGUGUUGUAUACUAAAGUGCAAAAGGUUUAUAUAAAACCUCAACAUAAAGAAGAACGUCAACGUGAUCUUAGAGUGAAUGUUGAAACUCAUGCUGGUCUUAGUCCUGUUUGUCGCAAGAGUUUAUGUGUCUUAUUGUCAGAUGAUGAUGAUCCUUGCUUUUUAUAUUCCUUGUUUAUUGCCGAAGAGGAUUUUAAAGUACUAAAAGCUCAACAAGGUUUAUUAGUCGACUUUGAUAAUUUCGCAACACAAUUAAUAUGUUUAUUAGAACAAUGCAAUGUACCUGGUUCCAAUGUGUCAAAAGCACCACCCAAAUUUCUUUUGCUAUUAGCAGAAGAAAGUGCAGAAUGGACAUUCAAGCUGGUUGAAACUAAUAAUUUUAAACAUCUUUGCCAUUUGAGUUUAUUUAUAUCUCCUGCUAACGAUUCUGAUUUGAGAACUCAUAUGGCUAUGAAAAUAAAACAAUUAAAAGAGAAUGUUUUACAAAAAAGUAGAGAUGUACUUGGGUUAGAAACGCGAUUAAAUGAUUUGACUAAUAAAUUUGAAUCGAAGACUAAAGAAUUAGACCAAUUAGAACAAAGAUAUCUAGCAGAAAAAAGUCAAAUUCAAAUUAGUUCUACUCAGCAAAUAAGUAUUGAGAAGGACAGAUUUGCUCAGGCAAGGCUAGAAUGGCAGCGCCAAAAUGAUAAAGAGAAAAUGGAAUUAGAACAUAGGCAUACAGAAACCUUAAAACAAUUACAUUCUGAACUUGCUGAAUUGCGUACACAAAAUAUGAGUUAUAAGGAUAAAUUGUCAUAUCUUGAAGCCACUAACAAAGAGCAAAGUAAACAAUUACAGAAUAUUGAAAAAGAAUUAAAUGUUGCGCAAAAAGAAUUAGUUUUUCUAAAAAAACAAAAUUCAAAAUUAGAUAUAGAUUAUCACGAAAAAGAUAAAGCUGUUAAUGGUUUACGUACAAAAGUAGCUGUACUUGAACAGGAAUUAAAAGAUAAGGGUGUAAUCAUUAAUAAACAUACAGAAAUGUUAAAAACAGCAAAAGAACAAAAACAACAAUUGGAAGAACUUUUAGCUGAUAAGGAAGGUCAAUUACAACGUAAACAAAAUUCUUUGAGAAGUUUAAGCGAUGAAUUAGUAAAAGCUAAUGAAAUAUUAACAAAAUUACAAAAUGAAUUAGCUUCUACUAAAUCUAAAUUAAAACUAAGAACAAGUAUAGCAUUGGAACAAGAAAGAUUAUUAGACAGUAAACAAAAAGAAGUUGGUCAAUUAGAAAGCAAAAUGGAAAGUUUAAACAAAGAUAUUAAAGAGGCAAAAAUAGAAACAGAACACUUAAAAGAACAAGUGAAAGUAUUGCAAAAUCAAUUGGAAGAAAAAGAUAAAAUAAUAAAAAAUAAUGAUAAUGUAAUUAAUUGGUUGAAUCGCCGUUUAGCUGAUAAUCAAUCUCCACUUCAGAGUGCUACUACUCCAGCUCCGGUUACUAUCCCUUCAUCGGUACAGCUAACUUUGCCAAGAUCAAAUAAAUUAUAUGCAAAUAGAUUUGAAACACGAACACCUGCACCUGCCACUAUGCCAUCUACUACAUUAUCAGGAUUGCCAUUAAAAAAUCCUAUAGUUCAAAAUCCAAAUAUUAAUCAAACUACUCGUACCUCUGCCAGAUCUAUGGGAGUGGGAGUAGGAGAUAGUACAAUGGGUUUAUCUUCUAUUAACAAGACUGGACAAAUUUCUAGUACUAGUACACCAAUGGAUCGCAUUAAUACUCUAAAUAAAUUAUCAGGGAAUGUACCAGGUAUGUCAUCUGUACCAGCUAUUGUAGAAAACAAUAAUCCAUGCAUAUCUUCAAAUGGAACCAAGACAAAAGGUUCAAAUGUUGCACUACAAGGUGGAUUAAGAAGAGCUGGUUUGUCGGACAAACCAAUUUUGCCUUCAGCUUAUUUCCCCAAAACUUUACAUUGACAAGGCUGCCAGUCACAUUUUGACAAAAAAAAAAUAGUAUAAUUAAAUAAUUUAAUAUGUUAAUGUCGAUUCAGGUGGUAAUUCUGUACAUCCCAUGUCUAAAAGAGGAAGAUCCAUUCGUUUACGCCGACGUUCACACUUCGGACAUGGUUUAUAUGCAUUUAAGCAAUCUGCAUGAAAUACGGCAUUGCAUGAUCCGCACUGAAAUAAUUUUAUGUGUAUUACAUAGAUCUGACAAUUUUUCAUGAAGCAAUUAGAAAUGUACUUACUCUAUAUGUAGAAUCUAUAUCAAAAGGAUAGAUGACUUUAGGAUUAUUGCAUACUUCACAAAUAAAUCCUUUUUGACUACAAAGCCAACAAUUUAUCACAUGAUUUCGUGCAAACUCAACUACUCUUUGUAAUUGUUGAGCAAGAGUACCAUUAGGUAUAUCAAGAAGAUCAGAAACAGAAUAUUGAUGAACAUGUUCAUAUAAAUAAUCUCUGGGGGCAACAUUUUUUUGCAAUGAUUCAAUAACAGGUUCUCGACAAGUAAACAAAUAAGCUCUCAAUAAAUUCAAUUGUAUUCUUAAAGAUUGUAGUUGUGCCAUGAUAUCUACUGCCAUAUAUAUUUUUGGAUUCAAAAUUUUUAAAUCUAAUAAAGUAGAACAAUCUUUCAGGUACUCUGCAGCUUUUUGACAAAUCAUAUAACGUUUUAAAUCCCAAUUAUGAAUCAUACGUGAUGGUAUUAUAUAUUCUCCUUGUGCCAUACAAUCUGCACAAUAAUAACUUGCAGAAAAGGAGCAAACAUGUGCCUUUGAAAACGUCAUACCAAUAGCGUGGCCACAAUUGAAACAGCUGUAAUUUUGCAUAUCAAGGCCUUUUUCUCUUGGCAACUUUCCUAGUUGCUCAUCAAAAUUUAUGACAAUCUAUAAAAAAAUUUUAAUAUAAUAUUAUAUAUUUUAAUAAUGUAAUAUAUAACAUUUUUACUUUUAUACCUUAGCAGCAGUUGGAGAUUUGAUUUCUUCAUCAAUAGAUUUUUUCUUCGGAUAUUUUUUUAAAAAUUCUUGUAGAUCCGGUACCAUCAUAUUGCCAGCAGUAUGAUAGCUUUGAAUAAGAGCAUCAUAGGUCGGUCCAUCACCUGGAGUGCGAGGAGCAUCCAUUCCAGAACCAUGAGAUAUCACAGAUGAAGUCAUAGAAGAUUCACAAUCUUCAAAUGAAGUUGACCAUCCUAGUCUUCCAAAUAAUGAAUUUCCUACAGUAGUAGAUAUAUUAUCGGUACAAACAAUAUUAUUUUCUUGAGAACUACUAUCUUGAUGAUCAUCUUGAAUGAUUGUAGUAUUAAUGUCAAUUGUCAUAGUUUCUAUAUUCUCUGUAGGUGUCUCACUAGCUGAUACAUUUUUCAUAACUUCAUUUAUAGUUUCUUCUACUUUCUGUGUAUUUGCUUUCUCUAUGUUUUUUUGUUUAGAUGUAUGUGCAGGACUGCCAUUUUUAUUUUUCUGUGUAGUAUGAUGAUUGUUAGUAAUUUUAUCUUUUAAAAUAAUUUUUAGAGCUUCAUUUUCUGUAAUACAAGCUAUAUUAUUUAAAGCAGAUUGCGAAGAAUUAAAGGAACCUAAACUACCUAUAGAACUUGCAGUUU